AGAUCCACCUCACAAUCAACUUCGUGAUUCGUAAUGAAUUCAAACUUGUUUUCGGGUGUUUGUCUUGGAAGAGAAAGGUAGUUGGAGGCCAAGCCAGUAAAUUUGCUAGUUGAUCAUGAGUCUUCCCAGGCGAUGCACAGGAAAGGAUGGGUCAGAGACGUUCACAUUCAAAACUCUCACGGACCGAAUGCCUGUUAUUCUCACGAAAGUUAUUGAUCAGCUCUCGAGAUCUUUGAAUGACCUAGUUGCAGCGAGGGGACAGGAUGCGCGUGCGGCUGUGAAGGACGCACUGAGUCGACUUACUAAGAUGAAGCGUGACCUGGUCACGGACAAGGAGCUGCCCGCAUUCGAGGACGACUUGCCGGAUGCCAAGCUGUGGGGAGAUGCUGUGCGUGGAAUGUCCGGCCUGACCUGGCACUCCGCGCCAUGGCUCUACUCGGAGUGCUACAUGUACCGUGCCAUACACUCGGCUAUUGAACUCAGUCCUGCUCUCAAGGGAUUUGACCCAUUUCAAGUUGAAAAGGAAGCCGCGUUUCAGUCCGCCUUGCCAGGGAUGGAGUCAGUAGCACAGUUCUUGCAAACACGGCUGCAGGUCCUUGACAAAACCAGGGAAAAUGGCGAUGAGAGGGACAGUAGCAUUGCUGCUAGCUUGCGCCACUUGAUUCUGCUAUCACUGUGGGGUAACCGAGUUGACCUGUGCCUCCUUUCCAAGGCAGCGUCCAACUCAGCCGAUGAGGUGUCGUCUCUUCAAACAGUUUCCCAGGAUCAGAUAGCCGAGCUGCAGCACAUGAUACUGGCGUGUGAUCUUGAUCAAGUCAUCGCACACCUGCAGCGUGCUCGGAGAGAGGAUGACCAGCAGCAACGGCGUCUUGACAUCAUCCUGGACAACUCUGGUUUCGAGCUGUUCACAGACCUGUGUUUGGUGCACUAUUUGCUGGCCAGUAAGUCAGUGGACUGUGUACAGCUGCACUGCAAGGUCAUGCCCUGGUUUGUUUCGGACAGUCUUCAAAAGGAUGUCUUCUGGACACUGGAUCGUCUGCAGGAGCACCCACUGGCAGCCCUGUCGCAGCUCGGCACUGCUCUACGCGAGCACAUUGAUCAGAAACGAAUCCUAGUCACGGACCAUGUAUUCUACACGCUGCCGUAUGAGUUCAGUAAGAUGACCAGGGUGUGUCCCGACCUCUACACCGAGUUGCAAAAGUCUUACCUGGUUAUUCUCAAGGGUGACCUCAACUAUCGCAAGCUGGUUGCCGAUCGUCGAUGGCCCCACACGACGAGCUUCCGCACGGGUCUGAGUGGCUUUGAGCCCAGUGCAGUGUGUACGCUACGCACCCUGAAGGCCGAGACGGUGGUCGGACUGCCAGAGGGCUGUGCAGAGAAGGUGGCUGAGCAAGAUGAAAACUGGCUACACAAUGGCAAGUACGGUGUGGUUCAGUUGCUGGCCAGUCCAGACAGCGCAUGAAAACUUCAGCACAAACUUCUAAUUGAAUUCAACUUGAUAAUAGCACUUCUGAAUGUACUGGAAAACAUACGUUGUCUAAUAAUAAUUCUGCAAGUGUUUGUGUAGGUCAGUGGAAGGCAACCUAAAUUCAAGUCUCACAACAACCUGAUUAUAUUCUCACUUUAAAUAAAUUGCUCCGCACGAAAUUCAUGUACCUACUUCAGUACUUACUUUGUUAUCCCGAGUGCAUUGUUAGAUCAUGGCAUAUUCUUUAUCCUGCUGUAGGUUGAACCUGUUGUAUUCCCAGCUUCUUACUUUACUCCUUACCAUGCGAAGAACAAAAUCCUUGGGAGGCAA